AUGACAGUGCUUCAAGAUGCAAGAGGCGAGUUGCAACAUAAUGCACUGCGGUUGUUGUAUGCGACUGCGAUAUCGAGAUUCAUAACCGGCCUGGCAGACACGCAAAUCGACCUAACCCGUGACCGACCCUCCUGGUUCCCUCCCGGCAAAUCCCUCCAACUCCCCCUCACCCUCCUAGAAACCCGUCACCGAAUCGUCCACCGACACCUCCCUUCCCUCGCCGAGCUAAAGCGCGCAGCCACCGAGUCCCUCUCCUGGCUCUGGGAAUGGUACUGGCUCCAACUCGACCAUGCCUUCAAGACAGGUGGUAGCCUUGCACCCGCAACAGAAGAAGAGGAAGAACUAGGCGUCCAAAGCCGAGAAGCCGUCCGCGAAAAACUCCAAAGCAUACUAAAAACCUACGUCAAAGAACGCAAGUCCGAGAUCAAGAACAGAAAGAAGGACAAUAAUAGUAAGGCUGCUGAAACAGCGUUGUCGACGUAUACCCUACGUUACGCACCCACUGCUACAACCACACCUUCGACACAGACCCAGCGCGUACUUCUACACUUGUUAGUCGACGAGAAAAUGAUUCUACCCACAGACAAAAAACUAGGCAGUACCAUGUCCGGCGCCUUCAUCAUCUGGACACCCCUCUUACGUGCAUUCUGCCUCGACGGCGGCGUGCUGCACAUCAAGACGCUAGUCGAGCAUCUCAUGCGUGCUAUGAACGCUACUUCCUCCGCUGCGCGCGCAAUGAUGAAUCCGGAGAUGGAUCCUGUGAGGGAGGGGCUGCAGGACUGGAUUGUCCAUGUUCUUACGGAGGAGGGGUGGGCGGGUGUACGAGGGGGAGGCGCGGUGGAGAGGAAGGUUGUGGAGGAGGUGCUUGGGGUGUGUUUUUCUGAACCGUCGUUUUGGAAUUUGAAGGUGGCGGAGAAGGUGCUGGAUGCUGCAAGGGACGUUGUGGAUGAGAAGUUGUGGCGUAAGGUGCUGGACGCUGCGAGGGCGGAGGGAGCGGGGGGUGAGGAGAUGGAUGUUGACGUCGAUGUCGAGGAGAUUGAGAAAGCUUUGCCGGUUAGAAAGAAUGAGGGCAAGGAUGGGGUGGUCAAGGAGAAGAUCAAGGGGCCGACUAAGGUGUUGGGGAUGUGGAAACCGAGACCGAUUGGAUGGCUACCUGAGGGGUGGGAGGAUGAUGAAUAA